UCAGGAUGUAAAUACGGAAGUGAAGAAAUCGCAUUCAUUCUCACAGAUUUGUCAAUUUGACAUGAGAGAAACAAAAACAUUUUAUUAUUUUGGAUACAUUUGAAACAGGGAAAAUGACACACAAGUAUGGCAGCUGUGUUGAAGAGAAAUUCACGAACAAGAUCGUCAAAACGAUUCUGUAAGGAAAAAUUUUGCUGUAAAACUGAAAAUACAGAGGCCCAAUAUUAUUGCGAGGAAUGUGACACAGACCAAUGUAUUGAAUGCGACGAAGCGAUACACAAAAUAAGUGUCAAAUUUGAAUUUCACGAUAGAAGAAAGAUAGAACCGCCUCCUUUCGAAGAUUUAUGUCAGAUUGCUAAAGCUCAAAAUUUGCUCGUCUGUGAAGAAGAUAAUUUUGCAGAUUUGAGAUGUGAAGUGUGUGCCUUAAAUUUCUGCUUCAUUUGUUUUGAUUAUUAUCACAAAGGCAGCAGAAAAACUCACAAAAAAAUCUUUUUCAAGGAGUUCAGACAAAGACAACUACAAGACCAACUGAACCAUCACAUUAAACCUUCUAGUCCAUUACAGGGGGCAGAUGACAGUUUAACAUUUAUGUCAUGUCCGCAAUUGCAAGAUCAGUACCCUGAUUUUAGUUCACAGCAGACAGAAAUUUCUGAAUUGGAAUCACAUGCCAAUACUCAGAACGAAAGCAUGAACUCAUUUAGCAGUGCUAAAUCCGAUCAUAGUCAACCAAGUAGCAUUCCAGAUAUUUGUUUAUCAGCAGGGAGUGAAAUGUCCAACAUUGAAGCUCAGCUUGCUGAGAGCAUUAUAGAUCUAAAUGAUCCUUAUGACAACAUCAAGAGCUUCAUGUUGAUAAAUGAUCAAGAAGUCAUACAGAUAGAGGAUGAGGAAGAGUUUGCCCAGCGUCUUGGAUGUGACAACAAUGAACUUGUUAAAGUUGUGUCUAUAUUUGGCAACACAGGAGAUGGCAAAUCAUUCACACUGAACCACACAUUCUUUGGUGGUAAAGAAAUUUUUAAGACCUCUUCACACCAGUCUUCAUGCACUGUAGGAGUUUGGGCAGCAUUUGAUCCCAAGGAAAAGGUCAUUGUCAUAGACACAGAGGGUCUCUUAGGAAUUACAUCCAAUCAGAAUCAGAGAAUGCGCUUACUGCUGAAGGUUCUAGGAAUAUCUGAUAUCAUAAUUUAUAGGUCCAGAGCAGAACGAUUGCACAAUGAUAUGUAUCAGUUUUUGUGUGAGUCUUCUUCAGCCUAUACAAAACAUUUCUCAGAGGAGCUAGAAGCCACCGCAAGAAGAUGUAACAAAUGUGUGGGCGAUCUGACACCUGCUGUCAUUAUAUUCCAGGAAACUGUGAACACAAAUGUUCUAACUAACUCAGGUACAGACUCUGCUGAGAAGUUUAUAUGGAAUACAUUCCGUCAACUAGAGUGUACUAUGCAUUUUAAGGACCUGACCUAUGUAGGGGUACGAACAGAGAGACCCCCCACAGAUUUCUCCAGGUUCCAGACUGUCAUGUCUCAGCACUUAUCAGACAAGACAAAUCGUGCAGCACGAAAACCAGCAAUUGUCUUCAAAACUCUCAAGAACCUGAAUGAAAAGUUUAAUGGGGAGGUGGAGAAGCCAGCAUAUGGGACAUUCCCUGAUCAGCUGUUUUCCUGUUCCAUGAAAUGUCUGUCAUGUGGGGAGGGUUGUACAAGGAGUAUGAACCAUGAUACAGACACUGAACCCCAUGAAACUGACAAGCGAUGUAAAUAUCAGCAUCAGUUUGAAAACAAAGUCUAUUUAUGUAAGUCCUGUUACUUGUCUGGGAAAGAGCAUGUUGUCAUACCAAAAACAUCAGAAUCACGAGACAGUGCAUGGAGUGGGCUCAUCAAAUACAUGUGGGCAGGGGAAGUAUUGGAGUGUCCGAGUUGUGGAGUGAUAUUUCGAAGUCGUCAGAACUGGUAUGGCAAUAAAGACGUGGAGGAAAUAGUUCAUACUGAGAUACGCCAUGUAUGGCCUGAUGGUUGUAAGAUGUUACAAGGAACCAACAAUGCUGCUCGCAAAGUGAUUGAUAGUUUCCAUUAUAUAGCAGACUCCAUAACUAGUGUGGGAUCUAAACCUACAAAGGUGAUCUCUGAUUGGAUGAAUGAUCGUAUCGCUCCUGAGUACUGGGUUCCAAAUUCACAAAUUUCUGAGUGCCACCAGUGUUCUAAGGAAUUAGAGAAUGAGCAAAAACACCACUGUCGAGCCUGUGGUAAAGGUUUCUGUGAUGACUGUAGUUCUCAACGGCGACGAGUUCCAGAACGAGGCUGGGGGGAAAUGGUCGUCAGGGUGUGUGACAAAUGUUAUGGUGGAAAAAAAUUGUCAGAUUCAAAUGACAGCACAAAAAGCAAUUCUCAGGUCACUGCUAGGAAGGUGGGAGAGGUCGUGACCUCAGCUAUAAGUGUGGCGGCGUCCACACUUAAUUACCCUAUAGGAAUGAUUAAAGACACAGCUCGACCUGCAUACUGGGCACCUGAUGAAUCAAUCAAAAUGUGCCAUGUCUGUGAAGAACCAUUUGGCCCAAAACUUCGGAUCCACCACUGCAGAGCUUGUGGACAGGGUGUCUGUGAGAGUUGCUCUCCUAACAAGCGCCCUGUUCCAAUGAGGGGGUGGGAUUACCCGGUCCGCAUAUGUAGAAAGUGUGAGAACAAAAGGGACCAUCUGUAAACAUUUUCAUCAUUCAGCCACAGGCUUUAAUGUUAAUUCUUGUUUCCCCAAUAAACACAACAAACAAAUUCGACUAAAGCAAUAAUAUACAUUUUACCAUGAAAGAGGAAUAAAUGAAAGAUAGUUAUGAAAGAUAUGGUUGGUAUGAGGUUGUAACCUCUCCUAGUGUUGUUAUUUUACAUGUUAUUAUCACCAGGAUGAUGAAGACAUGUUAUCUCAGACUUUAUCCUUAAUUUCAUUGUCCUUUUUUUAAGUCCAGGAUUCAUAAUGUACUUUAAAGGAGACUUUUACUUUAUGUCCAGGUGCUAAGAUUACAGUUGAUACUUUCUAAACAGGUGUUUUUUUAAAAUUAUUUUUUAUUGUAAAUGGGAAAGUAUCAUUUUUUGACAUAUCUGCUGUGAGUAAUAGUUGCAGAUUCAAGACAGGAAUGUAUUCAUUGUUGAUUAAGAUGUGUAAUGUUGAACAUUAUGUUUUCACACAUGCCUUCCCUUAGGAUUAUUUAUGAUAAGGCAUGCGUAUAGUAUAAAGUAUGCUAUACGUUUCAUAAUUACAGGAUUUAUACAAGGCCUUGAUUCAGUUCUUUUUGGCAACAUCUUUCUCUGUAAUUGGACAAAAUUAAUAGUCACCAUACUGCUUAUAUUUUACAGAAUGCAAAAUGUAUUCAUCUGAGCCAUUUUCAUCUGGUAAAGGGUACAUUUAUAUGAAUGUAUUUAUACUUACAGUGCUUCAAAUGUGUAUGUAAGAAAAUCUUUUCCAGUGUUCUGAAUGAUGAAAAGUAUACUUGUAUAAACUUCCAGGUCCUAAUAAUUUGCUGAUUAUAGUGUAGUCCUCGUAAGAUUCAGUGUUGAACUGAGGAAAUCGGUUCAUUUACAUGGAUAAUUAAUGAAUAUUAAUGAACAUGCAAGUCAAAAUGAGGGUAGAAAAAGUAUAAGAGUCGUCUUUAAUUUUUUUUUUUCACAUUUAACAUUUUGAUGAAUGGGAGUCAACUUUGUUUGAAAUUAUGAAUGAGGAUAUAGUCACCCGUUUGUUGUGUGUAGUUUUUUAAGUAAAAAAAAUGACUUUUUAUUUUCCUAAUCAAUGUAGUUCAAGAAAAUAGAGAAGUCGUGAGUGUGAACCCCCCCCCCCCCCCCCCCCCCCUUUCUACCAGAGUAAGGUCAUUCUGAAGUCAUGCCUUCACAGAGUUGAAUUGUUAAAACUUUUCAGCAUUUGACUUUCUAAAAAAUUACCUUAGUUUUGACAAUUUUUACAGUAAAGUGUGCCCUCUUAUUGAAUUAACUGGAAAUUCACAGCAGCAUUUUGACUCUUGAUUAAGUUUGGUGACCUGUGUGUUAUGUGUAAGUACUUUUCCUUAACUCAGUAUAGCUGUUUGUUCUGUGAUAACGAAGUGCAAUGGAUCCUUUAAUUUGUUAGUACAUUGUAUUGGUUGUAUUGAUUUCUGAUUUAGGACAAAAAUAAAAUCAUAGACUGUGU